AUGACUGUCAGUCUGCUCUUCUUCUUUGUUUUGGCCAGUCUUCUUGGAUUAUCAUCCAGCCAAAUCGAUAAGGAUCUAAGAGAAAAAAGAAACGUUUUUUAUUCACCUCCACUUCUUUAUCCUUUUGGUGGUACGAUAAAGCUCGUGGUAGGAUUUGCAGUGCCGAUCAAGCUCGCUGGAAGGAUUUUGGUUUACGGCCAAAACUUUCAAUUCCAAUAUGCUCUGCCGCAAAACGCAACGUUCUUCAGCAAUCUUUCGCAAAAUCGUGUAUUUUCGAGACGACGUAGACACCUUGAUUGGUAUGGAAGGGACCUUCUUUUUAAUACGUUGGAACAAAAUUUUCAAAGAAAUGGAUUGGAUGGACGAGAAUGUUUAAAGAAAAGUAUUUGCGAGGCUGUUGUGGAUCCUUUGAUAGACGAAGGACUUAUAGGAGAACUUUUACAUCUUUUAUUAACACCAGAACACGCUGAGGAUCCAUCAUUUCCUGAAGAUUUUCUACAAGCAGCCGAAGUUGGUAAAAGAAAUAAGGAUUGCUCAAAAAUUUUUUCUUCUUGUCCGGAUGGUCAAGGAUUUUUGGAUCGAAUCUCUCGCGUUUGA